GUUCAUCAGAGUAGUUGGUAUUACAGGUUUGAGUUUUCAUUAAGAUAAUCUGAAAAAAAAUGGAAUUGGGUAUUCCUAUUUUUCCUUGUGCGGAUGAUAAAGAAGAGAAAAGUAUAAAGCACUAUAGCAGCAAUCAGAAGAUAAUGCUGGUGGGGGAGGGAGAUUUCUCAUUUGCUGCUUGCUUAGCCACAGCUUUUGGAUCUGCUGAGAACAUGGUUGCUACCUCUCUCGACUCCAAAGAGUUGCUGAUGAUAAAGCACCCAACAGCAAGCGCCAAUUUGGAGAAACUGGAGGGCCUUGGAUGCACCAUUUUGCAUCAAGUGGAUGCCAAAACCUUGAGCCACGACCCUCGCCUCGUCUCCAAAUUGUUCGACAGAAUAGUGUUCAAUUUCCCUCAUGCAGGAUUCACACUUCGCGAGCACGAUGCAUACCAAAUUGAGCUACACCAGAAUGUGGUGAAGGGAUUCCUAAGGAGUGCACAUCACAUGUUGGAAAAAGAUGGAGAAAUCGAUAUAACUCACAAGACAGCAUACCCUUUCAAUAAAUGGGAAAUAGAGAAGUUAGCAGAGGAGGUUGGGCUGUGUUUGGUUGACGAAAUAGGGUUCUCACGAUAUCAUUAUCCAGGUUAUGUAAACAAGAGAGGAGACGGGCAUCGAAGCGAUUGCACUUUCCCAGUAGGUGAAUGCAGUACUUUCAGAUUUGCCAAACCAUGAGCUUUAUUUG